UUUGUUUUUCCAGUUGGCCGUUAGCGAUAUCAGAAUACGAAAUUCUCUGGCAUUUUUUUUUGAAAUUUGAAUUGUGGAUUGAGAAGAAGAAAAUGGAGGCACUAGAUUACCACGCGGAAGAGAGGCGCAAGGCGGAGUUCAAUUUGGAAGAGAUGAAGAUCGUUUGGGCGGGUUCUCGUCGAAACUAUGAACUUUCCGAUCGAAUGGCUCGUAUCGUCGCUAGCGAUCCGGUCUUUCGAAAGGAUAACAGAACUAUGCUAACUAGGAAGGACUUGUUUAAAGAUACUUUGAGAAAAGCUGCACAUGCAUGGAAGCGGAUAAUUGACCUUCAUCUCUCGGAAGAAGAAUCCAAUAUGUUAAGGUCAUAUGUGGAUCAACCUGCUUUCACAGAUCUGCACUGGGGAAUGUUUAUUCCUGCUAUCAAAGGACAAGGAACUAAUGAGCAGCAGGAGAAGUGGCUGCCAAUGGCAUAUAAGAUGCAAAUAAUUGGAUGCUAUGCACAAACUGAACUUGGUCAUGGCUCCAAUGUCCAAGGGCUUGAGACUACUGCAACAUUUGAUCCUCAGACUGAUGAAUUUGACAUUCAUAGUCCGACAUUGACUUCAAGCAAAUGGUGGCCUGGUGGAUUGGGUAAAGUAUCCACACAUGCUGUGGUCUAUGCUCGUCUUAUAACGAGUGGACAGGACCAUGGAGUGCAUGGUUUUAUUGUCCAGCUUCGUAGUUUGGAUGAUCACUUGCCUCUUCCAGGCAUAACAGUUGGUGAUAUUGGAAUGAAAUUUGGAAGUGGAGCGUAUAACAGCAUGGACAAUGGUCUUCUGAGAUUUGAUCAUGUGCGCAUACCAAGGAACCAAAUGCUAAUGCGUGUUUCACAGGUUACAAAAGAAGGGAAAUUUGUGCAAUCUGAUGUUCCCCGCCAGCUGGUUUAUGGUACUAUGGUAUAUGUUCGACAAACAAUUGUAUCUGAUGCUUCUUGUGCUUUAGCUAGAGCAGUUUGUAUAGCAACAAGGUAUAGUGCUGUCCGCAGGCAGUUUGGUUCUCAGAAUGGUGGUCCGGAGACCCAGGUGAUUGACUAUAAAACUCAGCAAAGCAGACUCUUUCCUUUGCUUGCUUCUGCCUAUGCUUUCAGAUUCGUUGGUGAGUGGCUGAAGUGGCUGUACACUGAUGUGACCCAAAGAUUGCAAGCUAAUGAUUUCUCAACAUUACCUGAGUCUCAUGCAUGUACUGCGGGGUUAAAAUCUAUGACGACUUCUGUAACUGCAGAUGCAAUUGAAGAAUGCCGAAAAUUAUGUGGUGGUCAUGGGUAUCUCUCUAACAGUGGUCUCCCAGAGUUAUUUGCAGUUUAUAUACCUACUUGCACUUACGAAGGAGACAAUGUCGUGCUGCUUUUACAGGUUGCAAGAUUUCUUAUGAAAACGGUUUCCCAGCUGGGGUUGGGAAAGAAGCCUGUUGGGACUACAGCUUACAUAGGACGAGCAGAACACCUUAUGCAAUGCUGUUGUGAAGUUGAAAAGGCUGAGGACUGGCUAAAGCCAAGUGUCAUAUUGGAGGCAUUUGAAGCGAGGGCUGUGAGGAUGUCUGUCACCUGUGCGAAAAGCCUCGCAAAAUUUUCAAAUCCAGAAGAUGGUUUUGCUGAACUUUCAGCUGAUUUGCUUGAGGCUGCACUUGCUCAUUGUCAGCUAAUUGUUGUUUCCAAGUUCCUUGAAAAACUGCAAAAGGACAUACCGGGAAAGGAAGUGAAAAGACAGUUGGAGAUCCUCUGCAAUGUAUAUGCUUUGCAUCUUUUACACAAACAUCUCGGAGAUUUCGUUGCAACCGGCUGCAUUACACCGAAGCAAGGUGCACUAGCAAAUGAACAGCUGCGAUUGUUGUUCGCUCAGGUCCGUCCAAAUGCCAUUGCACUUGUCGAUGCAUUCAAUUACACUGACCACUACCUUGGCUCGAUCCUCGGCUGCUAUGACGGAAACGUCUAUCAAAAACUUUAUCAGGACGCAUGGAAGGAUCCUUUGAAUGAUACGGUCGUGCCGGAUGGUUACCUCGAGUACAUUAGGCCGAUAUUGAAGCAGCAUAUCCGCACUGCAAGACUGUGAUGAACGAAGUACCAUGCCGUUUAGUAAACGUAUAUUAGGACAUUAAGGAAUAAAGUUAUGAGAUAUUGACCACCCGAGAGACGAAGGGCAGGUUCACUGCUCUAGGCAACCGUCUGUUUCUACGAUCUUUUGGAUUAUGGCAUUAGAUAUAUUAUAGUCUUAAAAUCGUGGCGUGGAGUAGUUACCCUGCUAAGCCCGUUAUAUAUUUAAGUGUUUUUGGAAUUCAAAGCAACUUC